UCGGAAUUUUUUGACGAAAGUCGAAAGCGGAGAGAACGUAACUAUUAAAUUGGAAUAAUAAUUAAACAAUGUUUAUUCAGUUUCUACAUUAAAUUUUACUUGUAAUAACUAGCUACUAAACCCCAUGGUUUGAAGCGUAGGCUCCGUCUUUGGAGUAACCUAAUUUGUAACAAUCAGCAGUGCAGUGUAACUUCGAAAAUGUCCUUCCUACGGGGCUCUGAGAACUAUGUUUGGUGCACGACUAGCGUGCUAGGUAAGGGCGCAACGGGCGCCGUGUUCCAGGGAGUCAACAAGAACAACGGCGAGCCCGUAGCGGUGAAAACCUUCAACCAACUGAGUCACAUGAGGCCUCACGAUGUGCAGAUGCGGGAAUUUGAAGUGCUGAAGAAGGUUAAACAUGAGAAUAUCGUCAAGUUACUCGCUAUUGAAGAGGAGCAAGAGGGCCGUGGCAAGGUCAUUGUCAUGGAGCUGUGCACGGGUGGCAGCCUCUUCAACAUUCUCGACGACCCAGAGAACACCUACGGCUUACAAGAACAUGAGUUCUUACUUGUCUUGGAACACUUGACAGCCGGCAUGAAACAUUUACGUGACAACAAUCUAGUGCACAGAGAUUUGAAACCUGGAAAUAUUAUGAAGUUUAUCAAUGAGGAUGGCACUACAACAUACAAACUUACAGACUUUGGGGCAGCUAGAGAAUUACAAGAAGAAGAACAGUUUGUUUCUUUAUAUGGUACUGAGGAAUACUUGCAUCCGGAUAUGUAUGAACGGGCAGUGCUCAGGAAGCCUGUUGGAAAGAGUUUUGGGGCCACAGUGGACUUGUGGUCUAUAGGGGUGACGUUGUACCAUGUGGCGACGGGCCAGCUGCCUUUCAGGCCAUAUGGGGGUAGGAGAAAUAAAGAAACCAUGUUUUAUAUCACUACUAAGAAGGCUUCAGGAGUUAUAGCUGGCACGCAAACAACAGAAAAUGGCCCCAUAGAUUGGGCCAGAGAGCUCCCAUCGCAUUGCCAACUGAGUGUUGGUCUCCGCAAACUGGUGACACCAUUACUAGCGGGAUUACUGGAAGUGGACCCGCACAGGAUAUGGACAUUUGAGCGGUUCUUCUCUGAGGUGCAAGCUGCCACCUCCACUACGGCUGUACACGUGUUCCAUGUUAACAAGGCUUGCAGUGUUAAGGUAUUCAUGAAGCCCGAGGACCGUUUCGAGCAGCUCCAAACGGCGCUCCUCGAGCAAUGCGGCGUCGUCGCCGAGUCACAGGUCCUACUGUACGCCGACCGGCUGCUGCUCAACGAUGUGGACGAGAACACCCCCGGACGGAGUUACCCCGCCACCACCGCCACGGAACCGCUCUUGUUGUUCAAUAAGAGCUCGACGAGUGUGAGCUUGGCGCCGGAGCCUGACGCUCCGAAGUUUCCCGUGUUCCCGAAUAUUGUGUCAGUUGAGAAUGACGCUAGUCAGGCUAAGACGGCAUGUAGCGUAGGCCAUGUAAUCAAGCGGCGAGUGGAAGCCCUGGCCGCCGCGUCCCAGCUGUGCGGCGCCGCCGUGGCGCGCUGGGGAGCCCUGCUCGGCGCCCGGCUCGCCGCCGCGGCGCAGCGCACCGACGCGCUCGCGGCGCACGCGCAGAGGCUGCACGACGCGGCGAGGGCGCUCGACCUGCUCACACAGGUGAACAAGCACCACGGCGGCGCCGAGUCGGAGCCGGAGUGGUCCCCCAUGGCGGGGCUGGUGGCGCGCGAGGGGGCCGCGCUGCGGGCCGCGGCCGCCGCGCUGGCGGCGCGCCACGGCGGCGCCGGCGCGGCGGGGCUGCGCGCCGAGUGGGCCGCGGCCGCGCGCCAGGCGCCCUGCGUGCACGACCAGCGGCUACACACCAGGGCCAAGACCCUCGUCGAGCGUUUGCGCGAGUCCUGGCAGCACCUGGUCCGCGACCGCGCCACGCGCGCGCUCACGUACAACGACGAGCAGUUCCACGUGCUGGAGCGCAUCACGGUGGCGGAGGCGGGGCGGCGCGCGCGCGCCCUACUGCAGCGGGCGGCGCCCAUGGCGCGCGCCCGGGCCGACGCGCUGCACGACUGGUACCAGGUGGCGCAAACGGUGUGGCUUCAAACGUGCAUACUGGACAAGGACGCGAGCGGCGCGGAGCUCAAGCUGCUAGCCUUGGCCGCCAGGCUGCAGGACGCCGAGCUGCGCGCUCGUGUACAGUUACAAGACCAUCUAAACAACAAAGUGGCGGAUCGUCCCGUCGACAAAGCCAAGGAGGCGGCGCGCGGGCGCGGCGGCGGCGGCGGCGGCGUGACGGCCGCCGGCGUCGGCGUGCGCGCGCUGCUGCUCGCGCACGACGACCUCGCCGCCGCCGCCGCCAACAACGCCGCGCUCGUCGCCCGGCUCGCCGCGCUCGCCGCCGAGCUGCAGCCUUAG